CCUGUCAGUCGUUGUCUGAACCGAUCGCGUGGUAUAUAAGUCUCAUGUUUCCCCACCGUCUACAGAGCCUUAUACCGUGUAUCACUUCGCAAACCGGAAUCAGCAUUGGCCCAGCCGGAGGUAUCUGCUGUACACUAUACAACCAUGUCGGAGAAACAGGCCCCCGAGGAAGUCCAUGGCAUCUCGACUGCCGUCGAGGAUACUGCUCACGUUAUUGCGGGGUAUGGUGAAACUGCUAAGAUUGCUGGCGCGAAGACCAAGGAGGUUCACAAUGCCGAAUUGUUCGCAGCUAUCGAAGAAACCAAAAUUGAACGGUGGAGCAAGACUUCGAUCCACCUCUAUUUCUGCAUUUUCGUCGCUUUCCUCUGCGCCUGCGCCAACGGGUAUGAUGGUUCGCUGAUGGGAUCCGUCCUCGCCAUGGACCAGUACCAGAACGUGUUCCACACCGGUCUGACCGGUGAGAAGGUCUCGGUCGUUACCUCGCUCUACACAGUUGGCUCGAUUGUUGCAACCCCAGUCAGUGCAGUUAUCUCCGAUAAAUUGGGUCGCCGAAAGUGUAUGUUCGUCGGUGCAUGGAUUAUCAUUAUCGGUUCGAUUAUCAUCGCCUCCGGAAAGACUCUGGCUCAAUUCGUUGUUGGUCGUUUCAUCCUCGGUGUUGGCAUUCAAGUUAUGGUCGUGUCUGCGCCCGCGUAUGCUGUUGAGAUUGCUCCACCCCACUGGCGUGGCCGUGCUGUCGGGUUCUACAACUGCGGUUGGUUCGGAGGCAGUAUUCCAGCCGCUCUCAUCACUUACGGCACCAACUUCAUGAGCACUAAUUGGCAGUGGCGCAUUCCUUUCAUCUGCCAGUGCUUUGCCUGUGUUCUGGUCAUUUGUUUCGUGUGGUUCAUUCCCGAGUCACCCCGUUGGCUGCUCGCUCAAGGCCGAGACGAGGAGGCAGCUGCUUUCCUGGUCAAGUACCACGGUAACGGUGACCCCAACGCUCGUCUCGUUCGCCUGGAAAUUGAGGAGAUGAAGGAGGGUAUUCGCAUUGACGGUAUUGACAAGAGAUGGUGGGACUACCGUCCUUUCAUCAUGACUCACAGCGGUCGCUGGCGUUUCGCCCAGGUCAUCAUGAUUUCCGUGUUUGGCCAGUGGUCCGGCAACGGUCUCGGUUACUUCAAUUCGACCAUCUUCAACAUCCUCGGAUACAAGUCCAGCUCUAAGCAACUGCUUCUGAACAUUGUCAACUCGAUUGUGUCUGCCGUUGGCGCAGGUACUGCUGUCUGCCUGACUGACAAGAUGCCUCGUCGCCCAGUUCUCAUCUACGGAACUUUGGCCUGUGCCAUUACUAUGGCCAUCAACGCCGCCAUCUCCCUCCCAAUCGCUCAGACCGGAACCAUCAGCAAGACUAAGGGCCAGGCUGCCUUGGCGUUCUACUACCUCUUCAACGUCGUGUUCUCCUUCACCUACACUCCUCUGCAGGGUGUCGUCCCCGCUGAAGCUCUUGAGACUACCACUCGUGCCAAGGGUCUUGCCCUGUCUGGCUUCAUGGUCAGCUCCAUCAGUUUCAUCAGUCAGUUCGCCUCUCCCAUCGGUUUGGGCAACAUUUCCACCAACUACUUCUGGAUCUUCGUCGGUUGGGAUCUCCUUGAGGUCGUGUUCUGGUGGCUGUUCUGUGUCGAGUCCCAGGGCCGUACCCUCGAGGAGUUGGAGUGGGUCUAUCAGCAGCCCAACCCCGUCAAGGCUUCCCUCAGCCUGGACAAGGUCGUUGUGCAGCAAGAUGGCACCGUCACUGAGAAGAUUGAUGCCGAUGCGUAAUCUCAAAAUUCUUCGUUCAUAUUGAAUUGAACACUGUGAAGUGCGAGGCCUCGGUUGUUGG